ACAUGAAAAAUUACAUUAAACAAUAUUCAAUAGUUGAUUCAAAACUUUUUGGUUGUGGGUGAUAUACCUACCAACUAUUUGCUACUUAAAUCUGUGCUACUUUUGUGUCCUUUACUGAUUUUCUUUUCAGAAAACGAUGAUCAGAACUUGCCAAAUUCAACACACAGAAGUGCUUCUGAAGUCUGAUGGGAAGACUAAAUCAGCUCUUUGCACAGACAUACUGAGCUGACCCAUUUUACAUCUUUAUGAAAAUGCAGCUUUUGUUGGUUAUUUUAUACAUUGUUUCUAUUGCGUUGCUAUACAUAGAACUAGCUUAUUGUGUCUGUGCCAGUGCUGAAUAUGAGAUAAAUGGACAUUGCUGCCCUAUGUGUGCACCUGGUAAUCGUGUUUUAUGGCAUUGCACAGUGGAUACCAGUACAACUUGUGAAUCCUGUAGUGCAUCCACGUACACCGAUGAACCUAAUGGCCUUGAAAUAUGCUUUCCCUGCUCGGCCUGUGAUGCAGGUUUAAGGAUACAGAAGGCCUGUACACAGUUAUCAGAUACAGUUUGUGAUCCACUAGAAGGAUUAUUCUGCAUGAUCCAAGAAAAAGGCAGCUGUAAAUUAGCUGUUAAACAUUCUCAAUGUAAACCUGGAGAAUACAUCCAACAAAGAGGAACAGCAAACACUGAUACUGUAUGUGGUGCAUGCAUUAAUGGCACCUACAAUGAUGGCACUUUCACAGCUUGUCAACCACAUACAUUAUGUCAGAGUAUGGGUCGUAAACAAUAAAAACAGGAACAAUGUUAUCUGAUGCUAGAUGUGAAGACACUCCAAAUGGUCUUGUUGUUGGAAUCAUAGCUGCUGUUGCGGUCGUUGUUGUUGUUGUUAUUGGAGUCUCAGUAACCCAGUAUGUCAUAUUCAAGCACAAGUCAAAGGCUCGUCCGGGCAUAAGGUAAGGCUUUGACAAUUUUCCCCCAUCAUAAUGUACUUUUCAUUAAUGGGAUUUUUAUAUUUCAGGUCUGUCCAGGUCCGAAAUCUUGGUGGAGGGCAUGGACUUGAUGUUACUUAUUACAUUUCAACCACUCAAAGUUAAAACAAAAAGAGAGCUCAAAAAAGAAACAGAAAUAUUGUUUUUUAAGGUAGACCAGCUAGUUAUUGACAGGGGCGGAUUUAGUGAAUUGGGGGCCCCAGGCAAAUAUAGGAAUGGGGCCCUAUACUGUACAUUUGCACACAUUUACCUAGCUCAACCUUGAGGUUCUUUUUUUGUCGUGAUGCUUGCUGCUG